CAAUAUGAACUGGCCAAGCUGGAAUGUCACUUCACGUGGGAUAUGAAAAAAGAAGAUACAAACAUCACUGAUCAUUUAGCUAGACUGGAGCAUCAUCGUGACUUAAAUCUGGGGGAGGAGGCUGGGAUCGCACGCACACACAACUCUUUGGCAUACGUCAAAUAUCUCUUGGGUUCUUAUGAGGAAGCCCUAACAAAUUUACAGAAAUCUGAGGAGCUCACUAAAGAUUGUUAUGGGGAAAACUGCGACGAGAGAGUCAUUGUUACUUAUGGAAAUUUUGCUUGAUUACACUUUCACAUGAAACAUGAGGCUGAAUGCAAAAGUUACCUGGACAAACUGAAGGAGAUUAUAGAAAACAAUCCACCUGUCUCUACCUUUGAUGUUCAUCAUGUGGUUGGUGAGAAGGCAUGGGCCUUGUUUAAAUUUUCACGUAAAUACUAUGACAGAGCUAUAGAGUGUUUCAGAAAGGCGUUAGAGCUAGAGCUGGAAGAAGGUGAGUGGAAUGCUGGUUAUGCCAUUGUACUAUAUAGAACGGAAAAAAGUGCACUAGUCCAGGAUUCAUCUGAAAUUCAACAACUCAGACGGGCGAUAGAAACAAACCCAGAUAAUGAUGAAUCACAGCUUCUUUUAGCUCUGAAACUUGCCGAGUUUAAGCUGUUUGAUGAAGCAAAGGAUCUGGUGGAAAAGGCUCUUGAUAAGUCUCCAGAUAGCCCUAAUGUGAUUCGAUAUGUGGGAAAAUACCUGAGAAACUAUGGACAUGUAGACUAGUCUAUUAGCCUGUUGAAAAGAGCAUUGGAUGUUACUCCAGAUUCAGCAUUUAUACACCAUCAGUUAGCUCUGUGCUACAAACAGAAAAAAUAACAAUUAAAUGUAACACUGCUUAUCAAUUUACUACAGACACAAUGGGGUCUGUGUAUGGACCAGUUCUCACAGAAGACCAAAUCCGACUACUGAAGAACAUGGGGCAUGUAACAAUAAUUAACCACUCACACGCUUGUUACGGCCCAUAACCAGUUUUAAGGCUCAUUAAAUUAAACAAUUAAAUAAAGGAAACAGACCUAACAUAUAAAAAAACCACAACACCAGAUUAAUUUCAAAACGCCUCCAUUUUAAUUUAAAUCAACGAAAUUCAAUUCCUAAAAAAAAUAUAUAUAUAUAACAAAUUCACAUCAAUUCUUAUAAUCAAAGUCAAACGAAUCAAUAACAAGAAAGAAAACCAAAUGUAGCAGUCAACGGGUAGGAAAACUAAGAAAACAGGAACCCUAACUACACCUGUGUUCGGAAUAAGGUUCUUACCUGCUUUCCGGAAAAAAAGAAUAUCAACCAGGUGAGUCAACUGCUUCACAUGGGCAACUGCUUCCCUAGCUCAGCUCUAACUAAAUAAACAAAACGUGACCUAAAAAUAAAUACUUUACCCGCUGCUGCUAAGUUAAAAAGAAAACGAAGUUAUUACCGAAAAUCCAAGCAUAAUAAAACAAAACAAAAAUAAUCCAAAGAGGCACUGGGAGAGACCUCCACGAGAGCAAUGGGAAUGGAGAACCGAGAGACCGAGAGAGACGCCAUUGAUGCGUCAAAGCCUUUUUAUAUCCUCCCCAAUGACAUCACCUAAUUAUCGUGCAGUAGGACUUUUCCACAGCUCCUCCUAAGGACUCAAAAAUAUACACGUCACAUUUUCGUAACACCCUCACCCUUAAGUGAAUAAAUUGUAGAAAUACUUAUGAUUUUACUCUUCGAUGUUUUUUCUUCUUCCUCCCCCUUCAAAUGGAAAAAGCAGAAAGAAAGAAAAAAACAAUAUAUUCCCAUUAGACACGAGAUAAAGCGUCAGCAACGACAUUAUCUUUACCACGAACAUGCCAAAUGUCCAAUUCAAAUGUCUGUAAAAACAGACUCCAACACAUCAAACGUUGAUUAUUGUUUUUCAUUCGGUUCAGAAAAACUAAGGGGUUAUGAUCUGUAUAGACAAUCAACGGAUGUGCAACAGAACCAACAUAAACGUCAAAAUGUUGGAGAGCAAGGACAAGAGCAAGUGCCGCUUCCUCAAUAGUGGAGUAAUAUCGUUGAUGUUUGUUAAAUUUUCUUGAAAAAUAGCAAACAGGAUGCUCAACACCAAUUGUAUCUCGUUGGAGAAGUACAGCUCCAACACCUGUGUCACUUGCAUCAACAGCAAGCAAAAAUGGAGAUGAAAAAUCAGGGGCAGAUAACACCGGAGAAUUAGUC